UAUUUCAAGCAACGCGAUAUUGAUGUUUUGUUUUAUUUAUUUAUUUAUUUUCUUGGCUUGGUAAUGUUUGCUGAUUUGCGCGAGAAUCAUGUUAGAUGCUGUCGGCGAAGCAGGCGUGGUCCGCUUCGGAAUUCGCAGAGAAACCGGGAUAAGCAAGGAAGCAAGCAACUAAGUCAACAUCGGCAUUACAUGCUCUUGCGUUUGGCGCACCACGAACUCCGGUAUAUUCAGUCUACCGUUCGUGACAACGGCAGACGGGGUAAGCGCCACAGGCAUCCACCGGCCAUCACACCGACAGCUGCGGGGGGGUUUGUUUGUGCUGACAAGUUGUAUGUACGGUGUUUAGCUUGCGUUGGGGGAAACGGAUGACUCCUUCGUCUUCUCCCCUGAUUCAGAUUCGCAUGGCGAGACGCAAACUCAUUAUGACUCUUUUUCUUUUUCCUUCUUCUUCUUGCAUGGUCGGCUGGAACGGUGAUUCACAGCCGUGUAAGCGAUGCGAUUAUUCUUUCGUACAGGGACCCUGCAUAUGACUCUGAGUCUAUCUAUGAUCGGUUGGAGGAAGGGGGCAGGGCUUGGGAUCGCUACUUUUCUUUUGACCGCUGGACGAGUAGAGAGUACAUAUCGCCGAACGCGCAUUCGGGGAAAAGACCGAGCAAGCAUAACCUAUGUUUGCUGCAGUGUAUGGAUAUCUCCGCGAUCAGCUUGAUCUGCGACAAGAACCUGAUCAAUUGCUUCGCUAAACCAACUCGGCGUUUUUUUUUUCAUCUUUUCUCCUAUGAUAUCUCCUGCGUGAACUCCGAACAUGCCUUGCUCAUAU